AGGACGCCCGGGGAGGCAGGAGCAGAGGCCGGAGUGGGACGUCGCGGCUCGGAGCAGCCAUGGGGGAUGCCUUUAUCCGGCACAUUGAGCUGCUGGGCUACGAGAAAAGGUUCUUCCCCAGCCAGCACUAUGUCUACAUGUUCCUGGUGAAGUGGAAUGACCUCUCUGAAAAGCUUGUCUACCGCCGCUUUACUGAGAUAUACGAGUUCCACAAAGCACUGAAGGAGAUGUUCCCCAUUGAAUCCGGGGACAUCAAUAUGGAGAAACGGAUCAUCCCGCACUUGCCAGCACCAAAGUGGUUUGAUGGGCAGCGCUCAACCCAGAACAGGCAGGGCACACUGGCUGAGUACUGCUACACGCUGGUCAACCUGCCUCACAAGAUCUCCCGCUGCCUGCACGUGGUCAACUUCUUCAAGGUCCGUCACGAUGACAUGAACCCCGUCACAGACAGCCAGACCAGAAGAGGCUGGGAGAGCACUUUGGGCUGUCCUGGGGCUGCUUUUGGCUUGCCUGAAGUGGGGAACAUCUCUUGCUUCUCCCAUACAGACAUCACGGGCCCCAUUGUCCUGCAGACCUACCGAGCUAUUGCUGACUACGAGAAGAGCUCCAAAACCGAGAUGGCUCUACAAGCUGGGGACAUGGUGGAUGUUGUGGAGAAGAGCGAGAACGGCUGGUGGUUUUGCCAGUUAAAGAAUAAACGGGGCUGGGUGCCAGCAUCCUAUCUGGAGCCGAUGGACGGUCCUGAUGAGUCUGAAGAGCAGGAGCCCAACUACGCAGGUGAGCCAUACAUUGUCCAGAAAAGCUACACAGCCAUGGAGGAGGAUGAGCUGACCCUCAAGGAGGGUGAUACCAUCGAGGUCAUCCACAAGCUCCUUGAUGGCUGGUGGGUCAUCAGGAAGGAUGAAACGACAGGUUAUUACCCCUCCAUGUACCUGCAGAAAGCCGGGGAGGUGAACACCUCUGUGAAGAGUGAGCUGAGGAACCGGAGUGCUCCUCCACGGAGAUCCACCAUCCGGAACGCGAAGAGCAUCCACAAGCAGAGACGGAAGCAGAUCAGCCAGGAAACCUACAGGAGGAACAGCAGAAAGUACAUCCAGAGCAGGAGGAACAUGAAGGAGAAUUUCCAGAACAAAGUCAAUGUUAUCUUUGAGAAAAAAGAGCCAGAGGAGAACAAGCCCAAGGCUCAACCUGCUGUUCCUCCCCGUCCCAGCAAAGACCUCAUCCUGAACAGAUCCACGUGCGCGCCUGUCUGGAGUGGGACCCACCCUGGUGGCGUAGCCCCUUUAAGAAAGAGUCGCGGCUCGGUGGCCGGGCGCAUGCGUACAGGGGGCGAUGAGCGGGCGCCGGCGCAGCGCGGGGUCGCAG